CGUUUUUGUUACUCGGACGGCGAACAACGCGGUGCGCUUGCGUCUGGACAUCAGCUCUCAGAACUUGGGAAAGUGUUUUCAAAUUUCGUGGCCGAUCGUCGCGCAGGCAGACCUGCGACGCCGAGCGAAAGAGCGAGCGAGCUUGAAGCAAAUGACGAGAGCAAUUACAAGGUGAAACGGCAAUAGACAAAAAGAGAAAGAGUGCAAAGCGUGAACUGCAACAACACAGAGCAGAGAACAAGCAGAGCAAAGGCAGGAGACAAACGCAGAGCAAAAUGCAUCGAUGCUGCUGCAGUUGGAGGGUGCUGAUGUCGCUGCUGCUGGCGGCGUUGCUGAUGGCGGUCGUAAGGUCAGAGGAAUGCGGCCAGGAGGAGUUCACCAAGUGCGCCGAACCACUUGAAAUGCUGCAUUUAACGUCGGAAUUUUCGAUUGGCGCUGCCAAGAAGGAGGAAUUGGAUAAACUUUGUCACGAGCUGCGCAAGGGCGUGCGCUGCAUCCAGAGCUAUACGCGUCGCUGCAUGGAUCUGCAGCAGCGCAACCAGUUCAACAAACUGUACCAUGGCACCAAUCAGUUCAUACGAGAUCUCUGUAACAAAGGCGAGUUCCAAGAGGAGUACCUGAAGCAUGCGCCCUGCUCAGAAAUGGCCAAGAAGGAUUUCGAGGUGUGCGCCAACCGCUACAAGGAGACCAUGGUGUUCCUCAAGCCCAACAAGAACCAGGAGAACGCCGAGAACGGCACGCUGAACGAGAACAUCAAAACGAUUUGCUGUUCUAUUAACGAGUUAGUGGACUGCUCUGAGAACGCGGCACGUAAAAUUUGUGGCAAUGAGGCGGCCAAGUUUACACGCGAACUGGUUGAUAAAUACGCCAACAGCUUAACCAAGAUCUACUGCGAGGAUUUCACUCGACAUCCGCAAAUAUGUCGUGAUGGCGAAGGGGAUGGGGCCAGUGCCAUGGGGCGCAAUGGCUUGGGGCUAGUCAUAUGCCUCUUGUUGUUACAGCUGGUCAGAUAGAUGGAGAUGAUUGCGGUCAUACAGGACAAUUAAGUUUCCUUUCUGAGCACACACACACUUGCACAUCCACAGCCACACAUAAUUCAAGUUAUACAAUAGUUAAGGUUUCUAGAUCACAGAGAAGCAGCAAGAGAAGAAGAAGAAGAAGAAGAAGAAAAAUAUUUAGAAGAACCACUUAUUGGCUAUUCUGUAAGCAUGUUAUUUGUUGUAUACGUUCACGCGCUUGCUUAGAAUUGCUAGGCAGAAGAUUUAGGGUUGAUCGAUAGGACGCUGAGGCGAGAGCAAACAUACUUAAAAAGUGCUAAGGUACAUUUAAAAGUUAAGCGCAUAGCCAGUGAGUAUACAUACUACCCAUAUGUAUAUAUAUAUAUAUAUAUAUAUAUAUGUGUAACUGUACAGUUGCAGCAGGUUAAGUAAGUUGAAAGUCUUCGUAGGUUUAGGUUAGUGUCUACGAGUAUGUUGAAUGUUACUUCUAGAGCGAAAUGUUGUUGACGGUUGGCGAUUGGCACAUUGAAGCAGAUGAAACAUUGAGUGCAAUAAUAUAUUAGUUGAGUUGCCUCUUGGAGGGCAAAUUGUUCACACAAGAAUAGUAUAUAGAAAUAAAUGCCUAUAUAGUUGCAAUUAAUUUGUUUCCGCAUGAGCUGCGAGUUUUUAUUCUUAUGCAAUUUAUUUAGCCACGGCUGGAUUAUCCGUAAGCAAACACAAUAUAAACGCGCACAAAACAAAAGCAAUAGUCCAGGGUUAAGAAAAGAAAAAGUAAAAAAUUAUUAACACACACAUAUCGGCAUAUGAAUUAAGGUGCAUUUCAUAAUGAAUUUAAUAAUGAUUUCUAAAAAAAAGGGAAUUUUUAAUUUAGCAAUUUAAUAUUUAUUCAAAACUUUAUAAUAAAGUUGAGCACUUAUUUAGAGAAAGCCCAAAAUGUAAAUAUAUAUACUUAAAACUGUA